AUGAUCCCUGAAAGUAUAGUCUUAGCUUCACGGCGCGCCCGUCGCCGCACUGCACCAACACACACCACUUCUACCUCACGGCGACUUACGCCGAGCGGCCCCAAGCCUUCCCUCUCGCCGCCGCCACCGCACGCGGCGUCGGCCCCCAGCCUAGUGCCAACGUCCCCGACCAAACCCUCGCGCUACCACGUCCACCGGGCACUUCCAGCCGCUACGCCAAUCGACGGACGGCUACCUACAGUCCCGCCCACUGACGCCCGCGUACGCACGCGCGCUCCGACACGCGGACCCGCCGCCCGGGAGCGCGCCUCCCCGGGGGCGCAGGCCUCUCCGUGCCAGCCGCGCCGCCUGGCGCCCUACGCUGCCCCAAAGCAAGAAGCCCGGCGGAGCCCAACGCAGGUUCACACUCUGGCCCAAGACAGAGGCCUUUCAUGUUGCAUCUGUCACACAACAGAGGGGAAAAGUUGCUGUCUGGUACAAAAGCAAUGCCUUUUAGGGAGUGAGGACAGCUCUAAACAGGUCCAACUAUGCAGCCAUGACGACCUUGGGACUCACUAUGUCUGCAUGCCUCUGCCACCAAGUGCUGGGACUAAAGGCGUGCAUUUCUGGCAACCAAAAUAUGUUUGAGACCCCAAUUAUCUUUCUAUGUGCAUGAACACAGCUCACUUACUGCAAAUAUAUUUACUUCCUCCUACUAAAGUGGGUUUAUUAAACUUCUUUUUUUUUUUUAA